ANAUGGUCACGUGAAUCGAGAGCCUUCCUCUAUCUUUCGGGACUCAUAUAUUGUUUUUUGGGUGUUGCUAUUAUUGCUGAUAUUUUUAUGUGUUCGAUCGAGAAAAUUACGAGCAAAACUAGAAAAAUUGUAUUGUCUACCGUUAACGAUACAGAACCAGAAGUCUUAGAAGUAAAAAUAUGGAAUGACACUGUAGCCAAUUUAACGUUAAUGGCAUUAGGAUCCAGUGCACCCGAAAUCUUACUAUCUAUUAUAGAAAUUAUAGGGAAUAGAUUCGAAGCUGGAGAGUUGGGACCCGGUACAAUAGUCGGUUCCGCAGCUUUUAAUUUAUUUGUCAUCUGCGCUGUUUGUAUCACAGCAAUACCACCGGGAGAAUUCCGUCGGAUACGUAUGAUUAGCGUGUUUAUGAUCACCGCUUUCUUCAGUAUAUUUGCAUAUCUCUGGUUAUUGGUAGUACUCGUGGCCAUUACACCCGAAAGAGUAGAAGUAUGGGAAGCUUUGAUUACUCUGUUGUUUUUCCCCAUUUUGGUUAUUUUAUCUUAUUGUGCGGACAGAAAUUUCUGCAUGGGAAAGAAAGUUUUACAAGAAAAGCAACUAGAAUUGGAAUCUUCUAAAGACAUGGCCAAUCGUGGCUAUUUUCCUCGCGGCCGUUUAGAUAGAGACAAUCUCAUUAGCUUUAUCAAGGAAAUUAGGAAACAUCCCGGUUUAUCAGAAGAGGAUGCAGCUUGUUUAGCAGCCUCACGAUUGGUAGAAGAAAAGGAUCAUUCACGAAUGUGGUAUAGAGUUGGAGCUAUUAGAAAUAUAACCGGAGGCAGAAAACCAAAACCAAAACUCAGCGAAAAGUUAAGAGAGCAAUGCGAAGAACAAGUCAGAGCGCUGAUGGCAAUUGUGGAAGGGACGUCAACAAAGCCAAAGGUAUACGAUGCCAUGCUAACUGAUGAAGAAGGGAAACAACUUCGAACUGUAGCAAAAGGAGAAAGACAAGAUAUUUCUAUCAUCGAAUUUACAGCAGCUUCGUGCGCUAUUAUGGAAAAUGCCGGACGUGUUAAUGUUUCUGUUCGUCGUCACGGAAAAACUAAUAAUAAAGUUUCCUGCAAAUUCGAAACAAUCGAUGGAACCGCCGUCUCUGGAGAAGAUUAUAUCGAAAAAAAGGAGGUGAUAGUUUUUCAACCAAAUGAAACGGAAAAGAAAAUAUUUGUUGAAAUAGUGAAUGAUAAUCAAUGGGAACCAGACGAAACUUUCUUUUUAAAAUUAAGUCUGUGCGAAGAUGAAACAGAAGAAAUUGCUCUAGGCAGAACUUGUAUUAUGGAAAUUACUAUCUUAAAUGAUGAUGAACCGGGUAUUCUUCAGUUUAAGCGAAGAGGUAUACUUGUUAAAGAAAGUGUUGGUGUUGCGUAUAUACCUGUGAUAAGAAAACAAGGUGCAGAUGGCAUAGUCUCCUGUAAAUGGAGAACAAUCGAUAAAUCAGCAAUGAAUGGAAGAGAUUUUAAAGGAGGAGAAGGAGAACUCGUCUUUCAACAUGCGGAAAUAGAAAAAAAUAUAGAAAUUCCAAUUAUCGACGAUUUCGAUGCUGAAAAAGAUGAGCACUUUGAAAUUGAAAUUUUAGAACCAAAAGGAGGAGCUAAACUAGGCCAAAUUAAUAGGACUACAGUUACUAUUACUAAUGAUGAUGAUUUUAACUCUAUUAUGGGAAGACUUAUGGUAAUGACCAACGUGAAUAUAGAUUCUCUUCGAUUACAGUCAGAAACUUGGGUUGAACAACUGAAAGAUGCAAUGAAUGUUAAUGGUGGUGAUUUAGAGAAUGCUACUCGCAUUGAUUAUAUACUACAUUUUAUUACCUUUGGUUGGAAAAUUAUCUUUGCACUUGUUCCUCCUACAGCUAUGCUUGGAGGAUGGUUAACUUUUGUUGUAUCUUUGGUUGCUAUUGGAAUAUUAACAGCAAUCAUUGGUGACAUGGCAUCUAUUUUUGGCUGUUUAGUUGGUUUGGAAGAUACUGUAACAGCCAUUACAUUUGUAGCACUGGGAACAUCACUUCCAGAUUUGUUUGCUUCAAAAGCAGCUGCUACGCAAGAGAAAUAUGCUGACAAUGCCAUUGGUAAUGUUACAGGAAGUAAUUCUGUCAAUGUCUUCCUGGGAGUUGGUCUACCUUGGGUGAUUGCAUCAAUUUAUUGGGAAUCACGGGGAGAAAUAUUUAAAGUAAAAGCAGGCACUUUAGGAUUUAGUGUUGGUAUCUAUUCAGCAGCUGCUUUCAUCUGCAUAGCUUUAUUAAUGAUGAGAAGAUAUCUGAGAAGAUGUGGAGGUGGAGAAUUAGGAGGAUCAAAAGUACUGGCUUACAUCUCUGCAGGUUUUAUGAUUUUUCUUUGGAUUUUGUAUAUAGUGCUAUCUUCACUCAAAGCUUAUAAUCAUUUGUAAAAGAAUUUCAAGAACAUUUCUCAAAUUUGUUGCUCUAUAAUGUUAAUCAAAUUUUGGGCAUUGUACUUGAUUUCCUUUUUUUCUCAGGAAAUGAUAUGCAAUCUCAAAACAAGAAAAAAACAAACUACUAUGUAAAUGCUCAUGCUGAAAGGUUUAAGCUAUUCAUAUUUUGUAAGAAUAGUUUAAAAUCAAAAUGUUGUUUUAAAAUUUUAUUAAUUUAUUCUAAAAAUGCUAGAAAAA